UCCGCUUACCCAUCCUGUCCCUAGUUAUAAAGACGGCAUGACGUUGCAGAUGAGACUCGUUCCUUCUUUUCAAUAGCCGCCUGACAGUUACUCAAGGCGAGCUAUUUGACCCCAAGACCCAGUUAUGAGGUGGAUUUUGACCUUAUAUGUUCUUUGUUCUAUAGCUUCUCUCUGUUUAACUUCUGGAACUGAACAAAAGGAUGAAGUUACUUCUGUAGGAAAUGGAGGAGAAUCUGAAGUCCUUUCCUCACUUUUACCAGAUUCUCAGGAUUCUACCUACUUCUUAGCAUUUCCUGUAGAUGAAGUGAAUACUAACAAUGACCAACAAGAAAUUGUUCAAGCAGCAGGAACUGAAUCAACUAAGUCUCCUCCUCUUGCUGACAAUGAGGAUAACAAGGAUGAAAUAAUGACAAUUGUGUUGGAUGCUGGCAAAGAUAAAGUUUCAAAAAAUGAUGUAAUUCCUAUUCAAAAUCUUCAACCAAAACAAGAAGUGAAAUUCUUCUCUCCUCCACCUCCACCUCCACCUCCGCCAUUUCCACUUUUUCCAUUUCCUUUCAAGACAAAACCAGAAAGAAAGCUAGGGUUUCCACCUUUUGGAAGAUUUCGCCCAAAAUUUCUUCCUCCAGUAAGAAAUCUGCUACAAUCAUUCAGACGUGAAGAAAGUCCUUUCAAAUUAAAUCCUAUGGAUAUAUUUGGUGCUGCUUCUUUCCUGAAAAAAAUCCUGAGCACCAAGCUCAGAAUACUCACUGAUAAAUACCAACCAAAUAUAGAAGAGAAGAUAGCAUCUAUGGCUUCUCCUCUUCUCUUUUUGAAAGAAAGUAUUACUCCUCCAUCUAUAUUCCUUCCUUUCCCAGAACCUUCAUUCCCUGGUCCUCUUUCACAUGCAUUCCCUGGUCCUCUUUCACGAGCAUUCUCUGGUCCUCUUUCACAGGCAUUUUCUGGUCCUCUUUCACUUCCACUCUCUGGUCCUCUUUCACUUCCAUUCUCCGGACCUCUUACACAUCCACUUCUUUUGAGUUCACUUUUACCACCACCACCACCACCACCACCUCCAUCUAUGCCAUUCCAUUCACCUUUCUUCAUGCCCCCACCAUUUACCCAUCCAUUUUUCAUUCCUCCAACACCAUUUGUGCCAUUACCACCUUAUCAUCCACUUCAUUCUCUGCCACCAUCACCAAUGUUUAAUCCAGCCCCAUACUAUCAUCUUCCACCCCCUCCAUUCAUGUAUAAUUCACCACCACCAUUUCCUUUACCACAUCCAUUAACUGAACCUGCAACUGUAACACCUGAUCAUCCCCAGGAAAUACAUCCAAUGCAAAAACCAUCAGAUGAUGAAUUUGUUUUUGUCCCAUCUGAAACUGGAAUGCCACAAACUUCAAAAUCAGAAGAGCCAGAAUAUCUCUUUUUAUAUCCAAAUCAACCUGAAGCAUUGAAACCAAUACCACCCAGGCCAAAAUCUCUGCUUGACUUGUUGCGUCCCAAAUCCAACAGAGUACAGCACGUGAUCCAGCAGACACGGAUCAUCACUCAAUUUAAACCAGACAUGUUAAAUCAACCAGAGUUAUUAAAUUAUCAUAAGCCCAUCAUGAGGAUUAUUGAUAAUUAAUAUUAAUGUGUAAAAAACAAAAAAAUCUUUUAAAUUUAA